UUGGAAACCUUUCUGAUUUUUGUGAGUGAAUCUGCUCUGCGGAAACUCUCUUUGCUUCAGCAAACAGCUAGAAUAGUUGCAGCAUGGUCGCUUUGUUCUUCCCUCCCUACUGUCUAUAGAGUAUAACUCUCUCCUCUUAUCCCUCACAGCUAGCUACUCCAGAGCUCAGUGAUCUCAUCUUCUUUGGCUUUUUCUUCCAACCCCAAGUCACUGACAUUCAUAAGAUGAAGACUAAAACCUGCUCCCUUCUCAUCAUCAUGUCCCUUCUUCAACUGAUAGUCCCAGUGAAUACGGAAGAGACCUUAGACUCUGUCAUGAAGAAGCUCAAGGAAGCUCUCAAUCGUCUAGAGCAUCCUCCCUCCACUGUGACUAAGAGUCUCUCCUGUACUACUGUCAAAGCUUCGGGUACAUUGGCUUCCUGCCCACCUGGUAUGAUUGCUACUGGUUGUUCUUGUGGCUUUGCUUGUGGAUCUUGGAAUGUCCAGAACGAAAAUAUUUGCCACUGCCUGUGUCCAAUCAUAGACUGGACUGUUGCCCGCUGCUGCCAACUGAGAAAAUGAGGAAGCUGAGAAUCCAGUUUUGAAAUGAUUAUUCUAACAAAACUACGAUCCCACCCAGGAAAUCUGACUCAUUGUCCUUGUGAUGAAUUUAUAUUACACAGUAAUCCUGCUUUUUAAGCAAUAAAGACAGAUUUGAACUCA